GGUGUCAACGUCCGAGCACUUCCCAGUGUUCUUGGAAUCAUAUCUCCGAUUGUGCCCGCGGCCGUACCAGUCGCUACUCAAAGUCACAAGCAAUCCAACAGAUAAACCUGGUUUAAACUUUAGAAAACCCUCGCUGAAGACUUCACCGGGUGACGAUGACAGGCCGGGGAGGACGGAAAAGGAACUACAGCAUGCCGUGUUCAAGAUUUGUCUGCGGUUAUGCACAGCGAAAGAAGCCCAGAAGAACGGAGUCACGGACGUACUACUCGGCAACACCCUGUACAAAGGGAAGAUUCUGAGUGUUCCUAGCAUAAUGGAUUUCUGCGCCGUGUUUGGUCAGGACAAUCAAGCGCUAGUCGCCAAGAUGAUAGCCAGUCUGUGUACGCUACAACCAAAGUUAUCGUCCGAAUUAGAAGAGACCGCUCCAAUGAUUGUGGACAUGUUUGCGCAGAUGGAGACCAAGGCCAGAGAAUGGGACUCGGGCAGGGCACCGUCCAUUGACAUUGCCUCCCAAUGGCUGGGAAAUAUGAUGGACUUCUCUUGGACCUUAAAUGCUCUGAUACAAGUAUACCAGCAGAUAGCCAGUGUAUUGCAGGU